GCGUCCCGCCGUCCCGCCGCGCCAGGCUCCGCGCUGCUACCCGCGCGCCCGCUCCUGUCGCUCGGGCUGCUGCAGCUGAUCCUGGGCUGCUGCAUGGUGGCGCUCAGCUUCGGGGCGCUGUCGCUGAGCAGUUCGCCGCAGGUGAAGAACUCGUGCCCGUUCUGGGCCGGCUCCUCGGUGAUACUCUCUGGAAUCAUUGGAUUGACAACUUGGAAAAGACCUAUGAUACUCCUGGUGAACCUUUUCGUGCUUCUCUCUGUGGUCUGCAUCCUCUUAAAUCUCGCAGGAUUCAUCCUAGGCUGUCAAGGAGCCCAGUUUGUGUCCAGCGUGCCCAGGUGUGACCUGGUGGACUUAGGAGAAGGCAAGAUCUGCUUCUGUUGUGAAGAAUUUCAACCAGCCAAAUGCACAGACAAGGAAAAUGCCUUGAAACUCUUUCCAGUUCAACCUUGCAAUGCUGUCCACCUUCUGCUUAAGAAGGUUCUGUUCGCCCUGUGUGCCUUGAACGCCCUGACCACCACAGUGUGUUUGGUGGCUGCGGCACUGCGCUACCUCCAGAUCUUCGCCAGCAGAAGGCCGUGUAUUGAUGAAUCCCAGAUGUCUGCAGAAGAAGUGGAGGAGCACGGACGGAUUCCAGACCCAGAUGACUUCGUGCCACCCGUGCCUCCCCCGUCCUACUUUGCUACAUUUUACUCCUGCACACCUCGGCUGAACCGCAGGAUGGUUGGUUCUGAUGUUAUCCCACUGCCACACAUCUAUGGAGCACGGAUCAAGGGUGUGGAAGUGUUCUGUCCUCUGGAUCCCCCACCUCCGUAUGAAGCUGUGGUGAGCCAGAUUGACCAGGAGCAGGAGUCUUCAUUCCAAAGGCCAGAAGGACCAGAAGCUGUUGGGAGCCCAUUGGAGUCAGUUUGCACACAAUUAACUCAAGGUGGGGUUCUACCUAACACAGCUGGUGAAGAAAACACACCUGCACCAACUCCUCUUUCCAACCUGGUACAACCUCCCAGAAGCCGGCGGGCCCUCCCACCCCUGAGGACAAGGUCGAAGAGCGACCCUUUGCUUCACCAUUCAGAGGAGAGAGCUACCCCAGUGCUCAGCUGCGAAGCUGCAACUCAGACAGAAAGGAGGCUAGAGCUGGCUGCGGUGACUCUGAGGAGAGGUGCGCGACCAAGGGCAUCACGAGGCAGACCCCGCUCUUUGAUAGAUUACAGGUCUUACAUAGACACCAAACUGCUAGUGGCCAGGUUCCUGGAGCAGUCCUCUUGCAGCAUGACUCCGGACAUCCAUGAACUUGUAGAGAACAUAAAAUCCGUCCUGAAGUCUGAUGAGGAGCACAUGGAGGAAGCCAUCACAAGCGCCAGUUUCCUAGAACAGAUAAUGGCCCCACCACAGCCCAGCACUUCCCAGGCCCAUGUGCUGACCUUGAGGAGACAGCCGGGCCUGCUGCACCUGCGCAGCUGUGGAGACCUGAGCACCUUUUCCCUGGCAGGAAGGCCUAGAGCUGAGCGGAGGCCCCAGCAGCGAGCUGAAGCUGAGAGGCCACACAGCCUCAUAGGCGUCAUUCGAGAGACUGUCCUGUGAACUGAGUGACAAGGAAAGCCAGUCCAAAGGAAGGAUGUCCUUCCUCAGUGCUGUUUACUGUCUGGGAGCUGGGGGUGCCCCCUGGGAACCUGAAAACAGGGGUCCGCGGGAGAAUACUUAUUCCUGCUCUUUGGCCCCUGUUUUUGCUGACGAGGGCACUGAGGUGAACUCGGGUGAAGUAGGUCCCUUCCUGUCUGUGUGCUCCCAGUUGGAAGUGAAGGCAGGGAGCCUCUGUCUGCUGCAUCUUGCAGCAUCCCCAUCAGGGCACGCACUGGGUGAGCCAAAAGCAGGCUCAAGAGUCUUUGCCUGCCUCACCCCUUAUGGCUCUUGUUGUUGUCAGGUUCAUUCCCUUGCUGUAAGGGGAGAGCUGCUGGGCUAUUUAUAGGUGCCUGCGGCCUCUGGCCGCUCCGUGAGAGGAGCUGGCAGGAGCCAUGAUGAUUAACCCCAUGUGACUGCAGUCCUCCAGCCUCCUCUGGGUUACCCUCCCAUCCCGUCUUUAGGAAGGAUAGGAGACCUGCUAAGCGGUGAUUUUUCAUGAAGGGCAUUAAGGGGGAGGGCUAUGGUUGAUUCCGUUUAUUCAUGCUUGCAAGCUAGAAUACUUAAGGGAGGAGAGAGAAUAAAAUGUUGGCUUUGGAA